UUUUUACGACUGCUCACUGUGGCUGGCUGGCUGGUUGGCUCCGCUCCCUCUCCAUCGGCCGCUUGUGUUGUUGUCGUCCAAAAUAUGCGGGGCUAGUUCGGACGCAACCUCUCGCCUGACUGCUCCUUGAGGCUGGACUGUCCAAUAUGCGCUCCUCGCCUUUGUUUCUGUGAAGAAAUCGUCCUGAGCGGAGUCCAAAAUGCGUCCGCUUGAGUCCUUGCUUCGGCCUAGCUUGCUGCUCCUCGCAGUGUUGUCAGCCACUUACUGCUCGUCCACUUCUGCAGCUCGGUCAAGUGCAGGCAGUCUCGAGUUCAGCAAAGAGCCUCAGGACACGGUGGUACCACCGGGUGCCCCGGCAUGGCUGCACUGCGAGUUGAAACCCUCAGCGUCGGAACCUACUUCCUUCAUCACCUGGCGUGGUCCUGACGGCAGCGUGCUCAACUUCAUCGGUGACUCGCUUCGUCGGCAGCUGGGCAACGGCACCCUUUUCUUCAGCAGUGUACCCAUCGGCAUGUCUACGCUACUCGGCACCUACCAGUGCCUGGUGCACAUCGACGGCGUAGGCACUGUAGCCAGCAGGAAGGCAAACCUCUCCUUGGCAUUUGGUCCCCACGUCAAACGACAGCCAAAGAGCCAAACCAUUCAAAACGGGCAGAUAGCCCAUUUUGAGUGCGGCGUUGAGGCCAGUCCACCCGCGUCCAUCGUGUGGCUGAGGAAUGACCAUGUCCUCGCUCUGGACGAGACGAGAAUGAUGCAGCUGCCCUCCGGCUCAUUGGACAUCAACGACGUGGAGUUCUGGGAUGCUGGCAUUUACAGAUGCAACGCGACCAGUCCCAACGGACACGCACUCAGCGAAAAAGCCACGCUGACCAUCAAACAAGAGCAGCAGACCAGACUGACGCCACCGACCUUUGUUGCCAAACCCGAGGACACUGUAGCCAUCGAGGGCAGCAACGUCACCCUUGGCUGUGCUGCGGUCAGCAACCCCAGUCCGUCUUUCAUCUGGCUCAAGGAUGGAGUCAGCAUCGAUUUCAAGGAUUUGGACAGCAGGUAUAUCAAGAUCGGAACAGCGUCUCUGCAAAUUAGCAAAGUGCAAGUUAGAGACGCGGGCGCGUACCAGUGCAGGGCUGAGAACAAAGAAGACUCGUUGGACGCCACGGCUAAUCUCAAAGUUCAAGUGCCUCCCAGAUUCAAGAAAAAACCACUAGACUCUUUUGCUGAGGAAAAAGAAGAUAUAGAGCUAAGUUGUGAGGUGGAAGGCCACCCUGAACCAAGGGUAGUUUGGUUGAAGAAUGGAGAAGAAAUCAAACAGAACGAAUACAUGCAGGUGCUCAACGGAAAUAAUUUAAGAAUUCUUGGUCUUAUGUCACUGGAUGCGGGAGUGUUCCAAUGUGUCGCAUCCAAUCCAGCAGGGGAAAUUCAAGCAGCAGCACGCUUAAACGUUUUAAAACCAGGUUCUCAACCGAAAGAGAACACCAUUCCAAAACGUAUGCCACUAGGUGAUUCUGUGUACAAUGACGUGCCAACUGAGCCGCAAGAGGUUAUGGCGCCGUUCACAAACGCGCGUUUCAUCACUCUCAAGUGGAAAGAGCCAGAGUACAGUAGCAGCCCUGUGCUCGCCUACUCGGUUUUUUACAAACUGAAAGACUCUGACAGGGAGAGGGUUGCUAACACAAGCAGACCUGACAUCAGCAUUUCUGGCCUCAUGCCGUCGAGAACCUACGUAUUCAGAGUGGCAGCCAUCAAUUCGCAGGGCACCGGAAAGCUCUCUGACUCGAUAGAGGCGUCCACCUUGGCCGAAGCGCACGUGCCCGGAGUUCCCAAAAAUCUGAAAGUGUACGCCACCUCUUCAACGUCGAUAGCAGCAGAGUGGCGGCAGCCCGAUAACGGAGAAGCACCCGUCAGCUACUACAAACUGUUCUACAUGCUAGGCGACUCUUCCAUGGAACACCACGUGGUCACAAUGAACACUUCCUUUGAAGUCAGAGACCUGAAGAAGUACUCAGAGUACUCAGUGUGGGUUGUUGCUUUCUCAAAGAAUCACGAACCAGGAGCCAGCACUGAGCAAGUGGUAGCUCGCACUCUGGGUGACAUUCCAGAGGAGCCUCCAUCAAACGUAACACUGGAAGCAGCCUCGUCGACCAGCAUUGUAGUUCGCUGGGAGCCACCACCAGAGCAUACCCAGAACGGUCUGAUCAACGGCUACAAAAUCCGGUUCAGGCGGAAGGGCAGAAGCAAGGGCGCCGAGACUGUGUCAGCUGCUGGAAAUCGGCGGAUGUACUCCAUCGACGGCUUGGACAGAGACGCAGAAUAUCAAGUCAGAAUGUUUGCGUUGAACGCAAAUGGAACUGGACCGCCAACCGACUGGCUCUCGGCUUCCACGUUGGAUAACGACUUGGACGAGUCGAGAGUGCCAGACCCUCCCACAAACCUGAAGGUUCGACCAGCGGCUGAUUCAGUCCAUGUCACGUGGACGCCCACGCUUGGUAGGAAUGUGAUGGUCAGAGGCUACACCAUUGGAUGGGGAAUUGGAAUUCCUGAUGUGUUCACCCACGUUGUCGAGGGAAAGCAGAGAUAUUACCACAUUAAAAACUUGCAACCUAAUUCCGAGUAUGUCAUCUCUGUGAGAGCGUACAACAACAUGGGCGAUGGUCAACCCGUUUAUGACAGCGUGCGGACCAGAGAGGAAGAGCUUUUGGAUGUGGCGCCUGUACUACUGCCACCGAUCGGUCUCGAGGCGGUCGUCACCUCAGCGCAGUCUGCGGUCGUGUACUGGACGGACUCCGGACUGCCCAAGAACCAAGAGGUGUUUGACGGAAGACAUUACGUAGUGAGAUACACUUCCUUGCACCACGCACCAAAUCCACGGUACAAGUACGUCAACACCUCUCAGCUGAACGUAAUCAUUGGCGACCUGAAGCCAAACACCGAAUACGAGUUCACUGUUAAAGUUGUCAAGGGUCACCGAGAGAGCCACUACAGCAUGAUGGUGUACAACACAACUCUUGAAGCUGCUCCAAGCUCAGCGCCAAGGGAUUUGACCGUUGUGUCUUCAGAAGGAAGCAUCACGGAUUUCAAUCUCAACUGGCAGCCCCCCAAAACGCCAAAUGGGCAAACCACCGGCUAUCACAUUGCUUAUACAGAUGACCAGCGCAAAUCAGAAAAGGAAUGGGCUACGCACGAUGUCGACGAAGAUAGAAUGACAACGUCGAUUAAGGGAUUGAAGCCUGACACCACCUACUACUUCCGCAUCCAGGCCAGAAACAAAAUCGGCCAUGGACCAUUCUCAAGCGUAACAACGUUCAAGACUCCACACUCAUCUGGAAGCUACUCUCAUGGCUCUGGAAAUUCCGCCGGCAAUGAAACAGAGUUUCCAGAAAUUAACAUAUUUCUCUUGGCGGGUGUUUUGACACUUGUGGGAAUUCUGCUGGUUUCUGCCUUCUUAAUAUUUGUGUGCUGCAAAAAGCAACAAGAUGACACUACUGAAAGAAAUAAAGCGGUGCAAAAGAAGCCCAACAUCAAGCCUCCUGAUUUGUGGAUCCACCAUGACACAAUGGAACUGAAAGCUUUAGAGCAGAAGAAUGGCCAGAGCAGCAGCUCGUCGCAAGACCCGCUGGAUCAGGACUCGCCGCCGUCCUCGGAGCCUCCUCAGCUCGCAAGGGUCAACACAAGCUCGAUAGAUAAAAGAACCUACGUGCCCUCGUACCUGUCGCAAGGUGGCAGUAGCACCAGCAGUCGCCUCAGUGACGAUGAUAGGUCAUCCACGGUGCGCCGAUCUAAGCCAGUGUCUGUCCAUGUGGACGCGUCGCUGCUGCACAUGGACCCAGGGGCAACUUUAGUUUCAAGCAAUGAUCCCAGGCCGUACCCUCGGACUCAGUACACCGUCUCCAGAGCCCACGUGACUCUUGACCCAGGCACCUCAACAGUUGCAUCGUCAACAACCAUCUCCGAAAACCCCUACUCCUUGCAAGGAGGGUACGACACCGUGGACAGACCUCACGCCCAUGCAAUUCCUGCUAAUUACAAUGUUCUGGCGGGUACAAGUGGAGAUUCGGGAACCUUGGGCAAGCGCAUGCAGGGUCACCCCCUGAAGAGUUUCAGCGUGCCAGCGCCGCCGCCCCAGGCCGGGACUGGCAUCAGGCAGUCUGGCAGCCCGUUCAAGAACAAGCUGCCAUCGACAAACCAGCUGCCGUCGGGCAUGUCCUCUCUUAAAAGAGGCUCAGAAGCUGGUCGUGCGUCAACGUGCACAACCCCUUUGCUCACACCUUCGUGGGGUGAAAAUGAAAUGCCAACUGAAAGCACAAGGCUGCAGCCUUCACUGAGCACUGAAGAAUUGAACCAGGAAAUGGCAAACCUGGAAGGCUUGAUGAAAGACUUGAACGCCAUAACAGCUAAAGAGUUUGAAUGCUGAGAUCUCAUCCUUGAAACGUAAAUUAUAAUGUAAAUAGAUUAUUUGUAAAAAGAAAAGAGACCCGGAAUUUGUGUCUGCUGACCGAUUCAUGGGUCAAGCUAGCUAAAAACCACGUCCAGCUGACCUUAAUUGUAAGUGACAUGACUAACGCAUUUUCACCAGGUGCGCAAGUUUUUAAAUUUAUAUAAAUUAUUAAGAAUAACACGUUGACUGAUUUUAUAUAAUGAGCUAAAUUGUAGAAGCACAACAGCUUUCUAUGGAAAAUUAAUACGUCUGGCUGGAAAAACGUUACGCUACUUACAAUGUGUUGUAAAGAUGUGAAUAAAACAUAAUGCUUUUGGUUGUAAUGAAAUUUUACACCUACCUCUUGGAUGCUUUUAUGAGAGAAAGAAAUGUGCGUGCCAUAAUAAGGAGAACUUAAUUUUCAUUAAACUGACUAAUUUUAGAGUAUUACUUUUCAUGUACUUUCAGGCAGCUUUUCUGCAUUUUAUACUUUUGCAAUAAACAACGGCAGCUAGCGUAGCAACAGCUAAUCAAUCAAUGAAUUCAUUGAUGAGGAACAAACACACCACACUUGAGAAGCAUUAUUUUUCUGUUAAAAAUCUUAGGAAAUGUAGGUAUUGCAAAAUUAGCUCACUCGACGGUAUCUUCGUACAAACAGCCAUUAUUUGUAUGGAUAUUUAAUCAUUGCCAUGUUGGUAAGUGUCGCCUAUUCAUGUAAAUCUCUUUGCCCAUUUUAUAUUUAUCCUACUCCUCACUCUCUAUUUGUAUCUAAAAAUCUUCGUGACAAAAAAAUAUAACGUGAAUUGUGUUUUGUAUAAUUCAAGGCGGAGUUAAUAAUAAAUGGUUGAUAAUAUCACUUG